CACGUUUCCUCUUCAUAUUGCAAAAGUUGAAUUGUCGCUUGCCUUCGACGCUCUUCACUGGCAACGUCCUUUUAUCUAAAUCCCGAGCUCCACAUCAUAUGAUCCGCAUUCACGUGCAUCCGUUUAUCUCAUUAUAGUUCGUGCAACAGAGAUCGAAUCAUUCGCCUUUGCUGCCAUUUCCGCGGCGCUCCAACUCUAAUUUGCACCGGUUUCCGGACCAGCAUUGGGUGACUCAUGGAGCCAGCAUCAGCGGAUUCAUCAUCUCAACCUAUCAAUUCAGCUCCCAAUAUUGAGCAUCAUUCCACCAAUGUUUCUGGACAAAAUGACAAUGCCCAUAACCCGGCACCCUCAUUAUCGGCUACUGACAAAUCAUCCCCGGUGACAAAUCUGAAAUUUUCACAGGCCUUUAGAUUAAGACAAGGAGACUCCCAGACUGGAGAUACUGGGAUGUCAAAUUUUUCUUUCCUUACCAGUGGGCUUGGACGAAUGCUAUCAAUGCCAUCUGUUAGCAAUGAGACUGCUCCGGUCGAUUCAGGGGCUGAGAAGCCUAAUUUAAUUGAAUCAUUUACCAAAGGGUUAGUUGACUCAUCAAAGACUGCAGUAAAGAAGAUGCAGGUGAAGGCACGCCAUAUUGUCUCUCAAAACAAACGUAGAUACCAGGAUGAAGAGUUCGAUUUGGAUCUGGCAUACAUUACCGAAAAUAUAAUUGCUAUGGGAUUUCCAGCUGGUGAUUCUAGCUCUGGAGUUUUCGGAUAUAUCGAGGGUUUCUAUCGCAAUCACAUGGAAGAAGUGAUUAGAUUUCUCGAAACUCGUCAUGAGGGAAAGUACAAAGUAUAUAAUCUUUGCUCAGAGAGGUUGUAUGAUGCAUCACUAUUCAAGGGGAAGGCUGCAAGUUUCCCAUUUGAUGAUCAUAAUUGCCCUCCUAUUGAACUUAUAGCAUCAUUUUGUAGAAGUGCAUAUUCAUGGUUAAAGGAGGAUAUUCAAAAUGUGGUAGUUGUUCACUGUAAAGCUGGCAUGGGGAGAACAGGGGUGAUGAUUUGUAGCCUUCUUUUGUUUCUUAAGUUCUUCCCAACUGCUGAGGAGGCCAUUAAUUGCUUUAACCAGAAAAGAUGCAUUGAUGGGAAAGCUCUAGUUCUUCCUAGUCAGAUUAGGUAUGUCAAAUACUUUGAACGGACGUUAACACACUUCAAAGGAGAGGUUCAGCCUGGACGGAGGUGCAUGCUAAGAGGAUUUCGGCUUCACAAAUGCCCUUAUUGGAUCAGGCCUUCCAUUACGAUUUCUGAUCAUACUGGAAUUCUUUUCACCACAAAAAAGCAUCCAAAAACAAAGGAUCUGAUGCCGGAAGACUUUUGGAUCAGUAUUCCGAAGAAAGGAAUUGUGGUAUUUGCAUUGCCUGGGGAGCCUGGUCUAACGGAGUUGGCUGGGGACUUCAAAAUCUAUUUUAAUGAUGGACAGGGAGAUUUCUACUGUUGGUUAAAUACAACCAUGACAGAAAACAGAAAAAUCUUGGACGCCUCGGAUCUUGAUGGUUUUGACAAGAGAAAGAUCCCUGCUCCCGGAUUUCAGGUCGAAGUGGUAAUGGCAGAUUAUAACGGCACCCUACCUCCUCGUACAAAAGUCAAACCCGCCAGCAAAGGGUCUAGUAGCAACACAGGAAAUGUCUCCGCUUCAGAUCCGAGGCUUGCUUCUGAUUCAAGAAAGAGCAAGGUUCCUACAAACGGGGAUGAUGACGUCUUCUCAGAUAGUGAAGGAGAGGAAGCCAAAGAUUCAAAGACCAGGGAAACUAAAGCCACAUCUGAUUUCAGAGACGGGGAAGGUCAUCAAGCAUCUGAUACCACUACAGACCAUGAGGCAACCUUGACCUCAGGGACAAAGCAGCUGUCACUCCAGCAUCAAGAACGUAUACAAAAUAAUGCUUACGAAGAAGGAUCAAAUAGUCCGAAAAUUCAGAGAACUCCCCGGAGCCCUAAAAUAGAGUACGCUGAGGCAAAUGAGAUCAAGGCCAUGGCAGCCGAUGCUUCAGUUUUUUCUUUCGGAGAUGAAGAUUUUGAAAGCGAUUGAGGGCGACUGAGAUCAAUUCUUCGGAAUUACUAGAUUGCUCGGGAUUUCGCACCUAGUUGAACUACCAAAAAGAGUCAUAAUUAGUGGCAAACGCACUGGAAAUUACAAUAUUUAUUCCAUUUUCCUUGUAUAUGUUGACCAAAUUUAGUGCUAUUAUAUAAUUCACAUCCUGUUCAA